GGGGGCGCAGAGGCGCUUCGGGGCUCGCGCGGGUUGCCCUUUGGCUCGCGACUGCACGCGCGACUCCUGCUGCUCCCGGGACAGGCAGGCGGGCAGCUUCCUUUCUCCGGCUGCAGCCUUCUCUUCCCCGUCCCUCCCUCCCCUACUCCGCCUCCUGCUCUCUCGUCCCUCCUGGCAGCCCUCUGCUGUCCUCUUCUUCCUCUUUUUUUCUCUCCUCUUUCCUCCCUCCAACCCAGGUCUUUGAAUCCCCUUUCCCCGACAUCCCCCCCCCUUCCCCAUACUUCUCUCUCCCCCUACUAGGAGUGACUCCGCUCCCACCGCCUUGCCUUUCCUCCUCCGCCCCUCAUUGUCUUCUGCAGCCUAUUGCCCAAUUUCCAAAGCUGGGGGAAACUCGCUAUGGGCGAGGACGAGGCAGUCCCGGCGGCUCUACGGCUCUCCUUCCUCAGCACUAGGUAGAAGAAGCGGGGCUUUUCGGGUACGGCCAGGGAGGGUGAGCUGCAACGGCGGCAACCUCUUCUUGCAGCAGCAGCAGCAGCGGCGGCGGCGGCGGUGUCCGUCCUUCUGGUGAUCCGCCAGGCGUCGCGUUGUCUUAGGGCGCUUGGCCCAUCGAGCCCGAUGUGCGACUUGCUCGACUCGCAGCAGCCGGCCGAGAAACUUAGCAGAAUGAAAAAGUUACGGCGAACUUUGUCGGAAAGUUUCGGCAGACUAGCCUUGAAGAAAGAUGAUAAUGACUUUGAUGAGAUAUGCGUCACAAAGAUGUCCACACGGAAUUGCCAAGGAAUGGAUUCUGUGAUCAAACCCUUGGACACAAUUCCAGAAGACAAAAAAGUCAGAGUUCAAAGGACACAAAGCACUUUUGACCCAUUUGAGAAGCCAAAUAAUCAAGUAAAAAGGGUGCAUUCAGAGAACAAUGCCUGCAUUAACUUCAAAUCUUCAUCAGCUGAGAAAGAAUCUCCUAAACUCAGACGGCAUUCCAGUCCUAGUUCUCCAACAAGUCCCAAAUUUGGAAAAGCCGAUUCUUAUGAAAAACUGGAAAAACUGGGUGAAGGUUCAUAUGCUACAGUGUACAAAGGGAAAAGCAAAGUAAAUGGAAAGUUAGUAGCACUGAAAGUAAUAAGACUUCAGGAAGAAGAAGGUACUCCAUUUACAGCUAUCAGAGAAGCGUCUCUCCUGAAAGGUCUAAAGCAUACUAAUAUUGUGCUGCUUCAUGAUAUCAUCCAUACAAAGGAGACGCUGACCCUGGUAUUUGAGUUUGUGCAUACAGAUUUAUGUCAGUACAUGGACAAACAUCCUGGAGGACUUCAUCCAGACAAUGUGAAGUUAUUUUUAUUUCAAUUGCUGCGAGGACUUUCGUACAUCCACCACCGUUACAUUUUGCACAGGGAUCUGAAACCCCAAAAUCUUCUGAUCAGUGACACUGGGGAGUUGAAACUGGCAGAUUUUGGUCUUGCAAGAGCUAAAUCUGUCCCUAGUCACACAUACUCUAAUGAAGUGGUAACCCUAUGGUAUCGACCUCCAGAUGUUCUCUUAGGCUCAACAGAAUAUUCCACUUGCCUCGAUAUGUGGGGAGUUGGUUGCAUUUUUGUGGAAAUGAUUCAAGGAGUUGCUGCUUUUCCAGGAAUGAAAGAUAUUCAAGAUCAGCUUGAAAGAAUUUUUCUGGUUCUGGGAACUCCAAAUGAAGAAUCAUGGCCUGGAGUUGACACACUACCACAUUUCAAGCCAGAUCGCUUUACACAGUACAGUGCUAAAAAUCUUAGACAAGCCUGGAAUAAAUUAAGCUACGUGGAUCAUGCAGAAGAUCUGGCUUCCAAAUUACUCCAGUGUUUCCCCAAAAACAGAUUGUCAGCACAGGCAGCUUUGAGCCAUGAGUACUUCAGUGAUCUUCCUCCCCGGCUAUGGGAGCUAAAUGAUAUGUCAUCUAUUUUUUCUGUACCGAAUGUAAGACUACAAGUGGAAGCUGGAGAAAGCACAAAAGCUUUUGGGAAAAACAUUUAUGGGAAAGGUCAAUCACAUGUAAAACACUGAAGAGAAUUUUGAUUUCCUACAAAUAAUUGAGGAAUUAAGAUCACCAGACUAAAGAAGAGAAAAAACAAACAAGAUAUAGACAACAUUAUAAAGGCACCAUUAUCUGCUUCCUUUCUUGGAUUUCAAUCACAAGAAAAAUUAUGCUGACAAGAUCUGGUUCACCACUCCUCAGUUUAUUUAAAGUACUGCACGUAUUUUGAUACAUUGUGAGUUGAGAGACAUUUGUGAAGAUUAAGCUAUUUGCUUUAUUGAUGUGUGGCAUAAUUGGCUUUUUUUCUCAGUCCUUUGUGUUUGGUUUUAUUGCUUUUACUUCACUGAAGUAUAAAUACUUUUGUGAAAAUAUUUAAGUUUCACCAGCAAUGUCUUAAAUAUAGUAAAGCAACACCUUUGGUGUUAUAAUUUCCUUUAUAUUAUCUGUAGCUAAAAGGCAGUCAUGGCAUGAAACAAUGUAUGUAUUCAUUGAGAAGUUCCAUUCAUUUCACAUUCAUCAAAAUUAUAAGCUGAAACAGAUUACAGGUUGGUUGUGACAGUCAGUGUCCUAUAAUUUUGCUCAUUUUUUUUUACUGCUAGUAAAUGUAAUCUUUAAUUUAACCAUGGCAAUAAAUACAUCUUAGCUAGAAUUUGGGUACUCUGCCUAUGUUGAAUAAAGUGGCAUAAAUGGGCAUAUAUAUAUAUAUAUAUAUUCAGAUACUUUACGCCCUUGUGAGAAAAGGGACUUAUUGUUCUACUGUUUUUGUGAUUAUAUUUCAACUUGUUCAUAUGUCUUGCUUCAACAAUAUUUUCUAAGAAGGAAACUAGAAAAGAUGAAGAAAAAAAUGAGUUUACAUUUGGAAAAGCACUAUGACAGUGCUGAGUGACACUAUGACUAGUUGCUGAAUGAGCCGUUAAAAUAUUAGCCUUGAAUAACUAUCCAAAUUCAAAAUACUUUCUUUUUAUAACCAAAGGACUAUUCCAGUUAUUUUUCUAAGAUAUUAAGAUGGUAGGGAGAAAAGCACUAUAUUAUGCAUCUUCAUACAGCUGAUUUUCCUGUGUAAUUUGCCAAUUUUUAAUAAGGGAUUACUAUUACCUUAACAAAAGGUGGAAGGGAAAUGGAAUGAGUGAAGGCAGUAGUUGGAUUUGCCUUCUACAUACCACCCCUAACAUGACUAGUACAAUGUUAUUAUAGAAGGGGAAGACUAAAUUCCCUUGAAAUAAAAGAAAAUUACGUUAUUCCAUAGUAUACCAGAUGUUUAAGAAAUUCAUUCAUUCAUUCAUUCAUUCAUUUAUUCAUAUGAAUUAGAUUAUGGCAUCUUAAUGCUUUUAUAAAUAAAAGCUGGAAAACAGGGAUAUGUUUUAUAGUUUGCAUUUGCUCUGUAAACUGAAAGCAUCUUAUUACUUGGAUCUGGCGAAUACUUGAUUUUACAAAAUACUAAUUUUUAAUACAAGGGAACUUUUGUCAAUAUUAUUUUAUUAUUACACUAUUCCCAACAAUUAUAUAUAAAUUAAAAUAAAUUUUCUGUCCUGCCUGAAUCAGCUUUGCCACCUUUAUUUAAAACUUUAUAUCCAUGGAAACAAUAAUCACAAAAUCCAAUGAAACGUUUUGGACUUAACAAAAAUGCCUUAAUCUUUGUUUUGUUUUCAAAUUCGAUCAUAUAUUCACUUGGCUAUUUCAAGGUAAUUUGUCUAAAGAAAUCUCAGCACUAUAAAAAAAAUGAAACAGAAAAGAAAAUGAAGAUAGAUUUCUAUAAAAGU